AUGGCUGAAUGCACUGGAGUUGACAGCAUUACUCUUCCACCUGAGAUUUUUCACAAUUUGGAUAACACAAAGCGCUUUGCCAUUGACAUAGGUGGGUCCCUAACAAAGCUUGCAUACUUCUCAACUUUUCAAUUUAAUGUGGUUAACAUAUGCUCAUCUGACCACACCACAAAGGUAAUGCCGCUUGAGACACAUGGUGAUAAACUGUAUCAAAUAGCUGUACAGGAAAAUGUCACUACAAGACUGCAUUUGAUCAAGUUUGAAAAUGCUUACCUUGAAACAUGCUUGGACUUGAUCAAAGAUCACUUGGUCAGUCCAGAAAUGAAAGUUAUAAGAGUUACAGGUGGAGGGACACACAAAUUCAAGGAUCUAAUUGAAAAGAAACUGGGACUCAAAAUGGACAUAGAGGAUGAGGUGACUUGUCUUACAAAAGGCUGUAACUUUGUUUUGAGAAAUAUACCCCAUGAAGCUUUUGUAUAUUCCAAACAUGCUGACCCUGAGUUCAAGUUUCAGAACAUUCAACCAGAUAUCUUCCCCUAUCUUUUGGUCAACAUUGGCACUGGUGGGUCCAUAGUAAAGGUUGAGUCAGAAGACAAAUUUGAGUGUAUUGGAGGAAGUUCAAUAUCAGGACGGACAUUUUGGGGACUAGGAGCUUUGUUAACAAAAACAAAGAGUUUUGAUGAAUUGCUACAACUGGCCUCAAAGGGACAACAUACAAAUCUAGAUUUGCAAGUAAAAGACAUCUAUGGUGGACCAUGUGGUUCUUUCAGGGGAGAUCUCAUUGCAAACUGCUUUGGCAAAUCUGCCACUGCUGAUGAAGAGUUUUCUAAAGAGGACAUUGCCACGAGUUUACUACACAUGAUCAGCAGUAACACUGCGCAUCUGGCCAGACUCUAUGCCAAGCUCCACAACUUACCCAGAGUUUACUUUGGUGGCUUCUUCAUUAGACAACAUCCGGUCACUAUGCAUACUAUCACCGAUAAUAUCCAGUACUUCACUAAGGAUACAGUUCAACCUUUUUUUUUAAGACAUGAAGGUUAUCUUGGAGCAAUUGGAGCUUUUUUGAAAGGAGCUGAAAAAGACAGUAAGAAGGAAAUCUACUAA